UGGGACAGCUCUUACGUCCCGGCUCGCGCCGGAGCUGCGGACUCGCUGUGUCACCGCUGUCUCCUCCGUCGCCGCCACAGACCCAAGCCGACACCAUGAAUCCUGACCUGCGUAGGGAGCGGGCCGCCGCCACGUUCGACCCGGAGCUGAUCACACACCUUCUGGACGGCUGCCCUGAGAAGACCCGGCGCCGCCGAGAGAUCGAAAACAUGAUUCUCAACGACCCAGACUUCCAGCACGAGGAUUAUAACUUCCUCACUCGCAGCGAGCGUUAUGAGGUGGCUGUCAGGAAGAGUGCUAGCAUGGUGAAGAAAAUGAGGGAGUUUGGCAUCGCAGACCCUGAUGAAAUCAUGUGGUUCAAAAAUUUUGUGCACAGAGGGCGGCCUGAGCCUUUGGAUCUUCAUUUGGGCAUGUUCCUGCCCACUUUGCUUCACCAGGCCACCGCAGAGCAGCAGGAGCGCUUCUUCAUGCCCGCCUGGAAUUUGGAGAUCAUUGGCACUUAUGCCCAGACAGAGAUGGGUCAUGGAACUCAUCUUCGAGGCCUGGAAACCACUGCCACAUAUGAUCCCAGAACCCAAGAGUUCAUUAUGAACAGUCCUACGGUGACCUCCAUUAAGUGGUGGCCUGGGGGGCUUGGGAAAACUUCAAAUCACGCAGUAGUUCUUGCCCAACUCAUCACUCAGGGGAAGUGCUAUGGGUUACAUGCCUUCAUUGUACCUAUUCGUGAAAUGGGGACCCACAAGCCCUUGCCAGGUAUUACUGUGGGAGACAUUGGUCCCAAAUUUGGUUAUGAAGAGAUGGAUAAUGGCUACCUGAAAAUGGACAACUAUCGUAUCCCCAGAGAAAACAUGCUGAUGAAGUAUGCCCAGGUGAACCCUGAUGGCACAUACGUGAAACCUGUGAGUAACAAGCUGACCUACGGGACCAUGGUGUUCGUAAGGUCCUACCUCGUGGGAGAAGCAGCUCGGUCUCUCUCCAAGGCGUGCACCAUUGCCAUCCGAUACAGCGCUGUGAGGCGCCAGUCUGAAAUCAAGCCAGGUGAACCAGAACCACAGGUUUUGGAUUUUCAAACACAGCAGUAUAAGCUCUUUCCAGUCCUGGCUACUGCCUAUGCCUUCCAGUUUGUGGGCAGCUAUAUGAAGGAGACCUAUUAUCGGAUUAAUGACAGCAUUGGCCAAGGGGACCUGAGUGAACUGCCUGAGCUGCAUGCCCUCACUGCCGGUCUUAAGGCGUUCACCACCUGGACUGCCAACACUGGGAUCGAAGAGUGUCGGCUGGCUUGCGGUGGGCAUGGCUAUUCUCAUUGCAGUGGUAUUCCAAAUAUUUAUGUCACCUUCACCCCGGCCUGCACUUUUGAGGGAGAAAACACCGUCAUGAUGCUACAGACAGCCAGGUUCCUGAUGAAAAGUUAUGACCAAGUGCAAUCAGGGAAGCUGGUGUGUGGCUUGGUGUCUUACUUAAACGACCUUCCCAGUCAGCGCAUCCAGCCACAGCAGGUGGCAGUCUGGCCAACCGUGAUGGACAUCAAUAGCCCUGACAGCCUGACGGAGAUAUAUAAGCUCCGCGCAGCCAGAUUAAUAGAUAUUGCUGCUAAAAACCUUCAGGCUGAAGUAAGUCACAGGCAAAGCAGGGAGGAAGCGUGGAACCUAACCUCUGUUGACCUCGUUCGAGCAUCUGAGGCGCAUUGCCACUAUGUAGUAGUUAAGCUCUUUGCCGAUAAACUAAAAAUACAAGAAAAAUCCUUGCAAGCCGUUUUAAGGAAUUUAUUUUUCUUGUAUUCUCUGUAUGGAAUCAGUCAGAAGGCAGGAGAUUUUCUUCAGGGAAAUAUUGUGACAGGAUCUCAGAUCACUCAAGUAAACCAGCGUUUAUUGGAGUUGCUCACUGUAAUUCGCCCCAAUGCUGUUGCUUUGGUUGAUGCGUUUGAUUUUAAGGAUGAGACACUUGGCUCUGUUCUUGGCCGCUACGAUGGGAAUGUGUAUGAAAAUUUGUUUGAGUGGGCCAAGAAAUCCCCACUAAACAAAACAGAGGUGCACGAAUCUUACUACAAACACCUGAAACCCCUUCAGUCCAAGCUCUGAAGCGUCAGGAGCCCCAGUGUAAUCUGCCCCACGAAGCAGCUGUGUGCAGCCCCCUGCCUGAUGCACAAGUCUGCAUGGACUCUGCCAGAUGCACAGAGCUACAGAGCAAACCCUAAAGUCACCUUUUUCUCUUUUAUAAAUGAAGAAAAAAUGAACAGAUUUCAUAGAUUAAUUGAAAAAAAUGGAUAUGUUUUAAGUGCAAUUAAUACUGAAAGAAUUGUUGAGCAUUGAGAAAGUUUAGGAAAUGCAGUAUGAUUUGUUUGCAAUGCUGCUAAUCCUAGGAGGCCAUGACUUGAUAAUUAACAGAAUUUAACUAGUUAGUACUUAAACUUUUUUUCUCAGUACUUAAUUAUUUUCACAUUUUAAUUGCUAAGCAUUGGCUGUGUAAGUGUUUUUAAACAAAGGUUCUUGGAGAAAGUGGGGUUGAGAUAGUGUCUCGCUAUGUAGCCCAGGCUGACCUCGAACUCACAGUGAUCCUCCUGCCUCAGCCUCCCAAGUGCUGUCGUUACAGCCAUGGGCCACUACACCUUGCUCCAGCAAAGGUAUUUUUCAGGUGGGACAGAACCAUUCUAAGAUUUCCUGAAAAAUACCUGCCACGCAUUCCAACGGG